AUGUCCGGUGAAGCCUGGCUCUAUCUGUUGGCGGUGUUGAUUAACGCCGUCAACCUGUUCCUGCAGGUCUUCUUUACUAUCAUGUACAGCGAUCUGGAAUGUGACUACAUCAACCCCAUUGAUCUGUGCAACCGCCUCAACGCCUACAUUGUGCCCGAGGCCGCCGUUCACGCUUUCCUGACCUUCCUGUUCAUCAUCAAUGGCUACUGGGUCGCCAUCGUCCUGAACCUGCCUCUGUUGGCGUUCAACGCUAAGAAGAUUUACGAGAACCAGCACCUCCUGGAUGCGACCGAGAUCUUCCGCAAGCUGAACGUGCACAAGAAGGAAUCUUUCAUCAAGCUGGGCUUCCACCUUUUGAUGUUCUUCUUCUAUCUCUACAGCAUGAUCGUCGCCCUGAUCCGCGACGAAUCUCACUGA